AUGGAUGAUGAUAAUGGGACAGCAGUGAUCGAGUUCAUUUUGUUGGGAUUCUCAGAUUUGGGCAUUUACCAGAGUGCUCUCUUUUGGGGAGUGCUCUUUGUCUACUUGGUCACCUUGCUGGGUAACUCCUUGAUCAUUACACUUACCCUGUUGGAUCCAGUCCUGAACACUCCCAUGUACUUCUUCCUUCGACAUCUCUCUAUGAUAGAGAUUCUCUACACUAUGACUAUUGUACCCAGGAUGCUGACUGAUCUGCUUUUCUCCCAUCCUGCCAUCUCUCCUGCCAGCUGCUUCACCCAAAUGUAUUUCUUUGCCCUCUUUGGCAUUGCCGAAUGCUGUGUGCUCACUGCCAUGGCCUAUGACCGUUAUGCUGCCAUUUGUCGGCCCCUGCACUAUGCCAUGCUGAUGAACCGGCAGGCAUGUGUGGGUAUGGUAGGUGCUUCUUAUUUAAUAGGCAUCAUUACAAGCACUACCCACUCCAUACUCAUCUUUACCUUGCCCUUCCAUGGCACUAACAUUGUUCACCACUUCCUAUGUGACGUUUUACCUGUUUUGAGACUGGCAAGUGGAGACACAUUCUGGGGUGAGGUUGGGAACCUUGUUGUCACCCUCCUCUUUAUCAUUACUCCCUUUGCAUUGGUUUUGUUUUCCUAUGUUUGCAUCCUCAUUACCAUCCUUGGGGUUGCCUCUGCUCAGGGACGCCAAAAAGUCUUCUCUACUUGCUCUUCCCACCUAUUGGUAGUCACACUUUUCUUUGGGACUGCAAGUUUAACCUACAUGAAACCGGGAACCAAUGAUACUAAGGACACAGAUCAAGUUCUCUCCCUUUUUUACACAGUUGUAACUCCCAUGCUCAAUCCUUUUAUCUAUACUCUGAGGAACAAGGAGGUGAUGGGAGCCCUGAGGCGUAAAUUAACAAAACACCUUUGAAGUCCUUGCAUGAUCCAGAUUUGCUUGGCUUCCUUUUUGGUGAGUUGAGAGUUGUUCCCUGAUUUUUAUUUUUUUCUUUUAAUUUUAUAUUUUUAAACUAUCAAACAUUUGUUUUUCCACAUACCCCCCCUCCCCGCCUUGCAUUAAAGGAAAAAAGAAAAGCAAAAUCCUUGCUAUUAUAUAAGUUAAGAAAUUCCUUUUUCAAUUUUGC